UUCCCUAGCUCCUCAGCAGCUUCUCCUGGUGCAAAUCCCCUGCAAAGACACCGAAGCGGCCGCCGAAGUUGCCGGGCGCAGGACUCCGGAGGCAUUGGCUCAGGAACUUUUCACGUCAUUCCCGGCUCCGGAGCCCCUUAGUCGCGGCGGCGGCGCAGCCUUUCCCACCGCGGAUCCCCGGUGCUCAUGGGGCAGGCGGAGACAAGCUUGCAGCACUGAGCCCAACAGGACCAGUCCGUGAUGUCCAGCACUAAACUGGAGGAUUCCCUCUCUCGUCGCAACUGGUCAUCUGCUUCGGAGCUGAAUGAAACUCAAGAGCCGUUUUUAAACCCCACGGACUAUGACGACGAGGAAUUCCUGCGGUACCUGUGGAGGGAAUACCUACACCCGAAAGAAUAUGAGUGGGUCCUGAUCGCAGGGUAUAUCAUCGUGUUCGUUGUGGCUCUCAUCGGGAACGUCCUGGUCUGUGUGGCAGUGUGGAAGAACCACCACAUGAGGACAGUCACCAACUACUUCAUAGUCAACCUUUCCCUGGCAGACGUGCUCGUGACCAUCACCUGCCUUCCAGCCACCCUAGUUGUUGACAUCACUGAGACCUGGUUCUUUGGACAGUCCCUCUGUAAGGUCAUUCCUUAUUUACAGACUGUAUCAGUGUCUGUGUCUGUUCUUACACUGAGCUGCAUUGCCUUGGACCGAUGGUAUGCGAUUUGUCACCCUUUGAUGUUCAAGAGCACAGCCAAACGGGCUCGCAACAGUAUCGUCAUCAUCUGGAUUGUUUCCUGCAUCAUAAUGAUUCCUCAAGCCAUUGUCAUGGAGUGCAGUAGCAUGCUCCCUGGCUUAGCCAAUAAAACCACCCUCUUUACAGUAUGUGAUGAGCACUGGGGCGGUGAUGUCUACCCAAAGAUGUACCACAUCUGUUUCUUUCUGGUGACGUACAUGGCACCUCUGUGUCUUAUGGUAUUGGCUUAUCUGCAAAUAUUCCGUAAACUCUGGUGCCGUCAGAUUCCGGGAACUUCUUCUGUGGUUCAGAGAAAAUGGAAGCAGCCGCAGCCGGUUUCUCAGCCCCGAGGGUCCGGACAGCAGAGCAAAGCCCGGAUUAGUGCUGUGGCUGCUGAGAUAAAGCAGAUCCGAGCACGAAGGAAAACAGCCCGGAUGCUCAUGGUUGUACUUCUGGUCUUUGCAAUUUGCUAUCUACCAAUCAGCAUCCUCAAUGUGCUAAAGAGAGUGUUUGGGAUGUUCGCACACACUGAGGACAGAGAGACUGUCUAUGCCUGGUUCACGUUCUCUCACUGGCUUGUGUACGCUAACAGUGCGGCGAACCCCAUCAUUUAUAAUUUUCUCAGUGGAAAAUUUCGCGAGGAAUUUAAAGCUGCCUUUUCUUGUUGUCUUGGGGUUCAUCAUCGCCAAGGAGAUCGUCUCGCCAGGGGACGCACAAGCACAGAGAGCAGGAAGUCCCUGACCACACAGAUCAGCAACUUUGAUAAUGUAUCAAAACUCUCAGAGCACGUGGUGCUUACCAGCAUAAGCACACUCCCAGCAGCCAACGGGGCAGGACCGCUUCAAAACUGGUAUCAACAACAGGGAGUAGCAUCUUCACUUCUGUCAACCUGGCUGGAGGUCUGAGAGAAGAGGCUGAGUGUCCAUGUGGAAUCUCACCCAUGUCAUCUCAAAGGGAUAAUGGUUUACAAAACAGUCGCCACUUUGUUCUUAGUGUUGGUUAAAGAAGAUGGAUCUUAAGGCACUUGUGCGCUUUAUAAGUGACCUGGAUGACUUGAGAUUUUAAAACUUCCCAGUUAUCGAUUUUAUUUACUAAAGUUUAUGUUUUAUGGAAGCAGUUCAUUUUCGAGACUAACUAUUGGCUGGAAGAAAACUGAUACAUAAAUGAAACUCUGGGAAUGGAAUCAUGACGCAUGUCUAUAUUUCUCAACAUUAGGGCCCAUGAUCCUGAACAAUUUGGAUUAAUAUGGUGACCUUCACAGGACAAAUGGUUUAAAAAAAAAACAGGAGGCCCCCAAACAUAGCAAUGUUGUUGGGGUGCUUAACUACUUACCUCAUUGUGUGCUAAUGACACAAAUGAGAAGACUUUAUGGGAAAAGUUUAUUUUGGAGCUGAGUUAUGCUGAACAUUGGAUAAUUUAUCUGCCUUUAUUUCUAUUGAAUUUCAAACCUUCAAUGUGAGAUGUUAAUGUCAUUAGUUUUGUCACUAAUAAGAAUAGUGUAAUAAUUUUACCAAUUAUAUUUGAGAUUAAUGAUUUAUGAAUUUUAUAAUAUUGUAAAAUUCUUAAUAUUUUGAGUUCAUUCAUUUGGGGCUAAAUAUUUUCCCAAGUUGUGAGGAAAAGAAAUGUGACUUCUAAAUUUUCCACAACAUGGAACUAUUAAAUAGUUAUAAACUAUUGAUAAGUUUAGUGCAAAAGUGUUAGGCACAGUAAUACUCCAGUGCACAUUAUUCAGGAAGAAUAGUAACUACAUUUAUAAGCGACAAUAUGAAUGUGUCUAGAGAUGUUACUAAUCAUAACUGAAAUGAGGGCUAUUAGCACUUUGAUACAAUGUAACAAUAUCAGGUUUGCAUUAGCUGUGACUCAAACAAGAAUCAACUCCAUUUCAAAAACAUAGCUAGUCCUUAGAAUUAGAAACAUUUCAAUGGAACUCAAUUUUCAACGGAUAACUCUUCUAUUUCAUGUCACAAGUAAAAGCAUAAAUUCCAUUAGAUUAUUUUCAAAGAGUUUUCACAUUGCUUGAAACAAAAUAAUGGGGUUCGGGGGUCAUUAUAUAAGUAGGAAAGUAUUAAUUUAUAAUCCAUUCUAUUACUUUAUACACAGCAGAAAACCAAGAACAGGAACAUGAAAAGAACUGUCAGUUCUCCAAGUUCAAAGGGAGUGUUUUUCUACAGUUUUCUGCUACUGAAAAGGGGAACAAAAGACUCCCCAACUUGCCACAUAUGUCUAUUCUUUUAAAUUUUCUUUAUGGGCUUUGGGGUUAGAAAGCCUAGGUUUUUCAUGAAAUGUGUUUCUAUUAUUGUAUCUAUGUGUGUAUCAGCAUGUCAGUUGUUCAACAAGUAUACAUUUAAGGUCCUUUAUGACUGAUUGUACUGUGUUUUCAUGAAGAUCUUUCUUAUCAAAACAAUGUGAUUAUAUGUCUCCCAGUGUGAAGAUUGAAUUAUGUAUCUUUUAAGUAAAAUAUUACUGAGAAGUCCAUAAUCACAUCUACAUUGUCCUGCUGUACUAUGUGAAAAAUUAUGUUGUUGUUCAAUACAUAAAUUGGAUAUUUGCUCAUAAUUAUUGUCAAAUCUUUGCAGUUAAGGAUUGAAUUAACCCUGGUGCCAUACUUGAUGACCAAAAUAUUUUUCCAAUAAGUUUAUAUAACCAGGGAUAAUUAUGAUAUAAAAGAUUUUUAAUAUUGUUUCUAAGAGGAGGUACUACAAUAAAGGAUAAUAUUAAGUACACAGAUAUUUCAUAAAAGUUAUACAAAGCCACACACUUAUAGAAGUAAAAAUUGAAGCUUUUAUCUGAAUCAGAAUUUUCCUCUGUUGGUAGCUGAGAAUAACGGCCACCUUAAUUUUCAAAUCACUAUCAUAGUCUGUGAAUGCAUGAAUUAGUUUUCUCUAGGUAAUUAAACUUUUAAACUAUACCUCUAGUUGGCUCCUCUUUUACCCAGUUGAUUCUCAUGACUUUAGAAUUUAGUACAAAUGGUUUAAAUUUUUAAAACCAAUUCCUAUUUGGAACAUUUUAUUCUA